ACAGGAGAAAUUUAAUAGGUUCUUUUUUUUUAUUUUAUUUAUUUCAUAAAAAAAAACAAGUAUCACAAAUGGUUGAUCCAAACCGCAAGAUAAACCGAAUAUCAGAUAAGGAGAUGACGUUUCUAGAGGAAUGCGAGACAGAGUUCGCCUCGCGCUACACAGAUGCCGAUACAGAAUUCAUAGAGCAUUGUGCUAAAACCGUGCCGGAACCGCCAAUGAUAGAAGACUGGCUCAACGCAAAUACAGGUGGAGGCGGUGGAGGUAGAGGUGGAUAUUUCAGUCCGAAUAAUCGUUUCAAUGGUGGCCAGCGCAGAGGUGGAGAUCGUGGCUGGCAAAGACGUGGUGGUGGCCAUCACAAUCACGACCGCGGCUUUAGAGAUAAUCGUCGACACAGGUAUGACCCAAUGCAACGUCGAAAUCGCGGCGACAAUGGUGACUCUUCAGGACGCCAACACGAACGUCACCACGAGAACAAUAAUCGCAAUGAGCCCCCGACGGGGUCACCAAUGAAAGUGCGGAGGGAUUACGGCAACUUUGUGCCGGCCUCGAAAUAAUUAGAAGUUCAAUUGAUUUGUUCCAUUUGUUUGUUUCAUUGUGCACAAUACAUACAUAUAUAUUACCUAA